AUGUUUCUCUAUAACGACUCAUUUCUUCCGUGUAUUUGUUCAAUUGUGCUAAAUUACGAUUUAUGUCCUUACACUUCGUUAGAAAGUCCAUAUAGGGGGUCGUGUAAACGAAAAAAUCUGGAAUUAGUUGCAAAGGGGCUAUGCAAAAAGGUUAAAAAUUCCCCAAUGAAAUUAAUUGGUGCUCAUUUGCCAAUUGGAAAGGGUCAAGGGAAUACUUUAGGAAGAACAUUUGAAGAGUUGAAGGAAAUAAUUGAUGGGGUUUCAGAUAAAGCUCGUAUUGGUGUUACACUAGACACCUGCCAUCUUUUUGGUGGUGGAUAUGAUAUUAGAACCAGUGAAAAGUUCGGAGAAAUCAUGAAAGACUUUGAUAGAAUAGUAGGAUUGAAAUAUCUUAAGGCUAUGCAUUUAAAUGAUAGUAAGUGCGACUUAGAUACUCGAAAAGAUAGACAUGAGUGCCUGGAUAUCCCACUGAUUCUUGAAACACCAGAGCCUGAUAAGUAUAAAUCAGAGAUUGAGUUGCUUUUCAGUCUCAUUGAACAAAAAUAA